UAAGUCUGGGCAGAUCUAGAACCUUCCUACCUGUGUGUAAAGACGCCAGAAUAAUCGCUACCAAACCGCAACCCACAAACCCAUUUGCAUUUUUUGCCCUCUCAGCCUCUCAUUCUUAUUCUUAUAUAGAAUAAGGAAAAGAAACCCGACCGUUCUCUCUCUAUCAUAUAAAACCCUAAACCCUAGUAACCUCUAUCAAAAAACCCCACUCACAUAUCUCUGUCCUUUACCUCCCGAUCCACGCUAAUCACUCAAUCCAUCCAUGGCUGCUACUGCUGUGUUGCUCCGUUCCUUACGACGCCGCGACGUCGUCUCUGCUCCUCUAUCUGCCUGCCGAUCCUUUGUUAGCACUACUAAAGCAUCAUAUAAACCAUCAUAUUUUGGCCACAAUUGGGCGAGCUUGUCAAGACCUUUUAGUUCAAAACCUGCCGGAGCUGAUGUUAUUGGGAUUGACUUGGGUACCACCAACUCAUGCGUUGCUGUCAUGGAGGGGAAGAAUCCCAAAGUUAUUGAGAAUGCAGAAGGGGCUCGGACCACACCAUCAGUUGUUGCUUUCAAUCAGAAAGGAGAACUACUUGUGGGUACACCAGCAAAACGUCAGGCAGUGACCAAUCCAACUAACACUGUUUUUGCGACCAAGCGUCUCAUUGGUAGACGAUUUGAUGAUCCUCAGACUCAAAAGGAAAUGAAGAUGGUUCCAUACAAGAUAGUCAAGGCUCCAAAUGGUGAUGCGUGGGUUGAAGCCAAUGGACAACAGUAUUCCCCAAGCCAAAUUGGAGCCUUUGUUCUCACCAAAAUGAAAGAAACUGCAGAGGCUUACCUUGGGAAGAGUGUUUCUAAAGCUGUGAUUACUGUUCCGGCUUAUUUCAAUGAUGCCCAAAGACAGGCAACGAAGGAUGCUGGCAAAAUUGCUGGCCUUGAUGUGCAGAGAAUCAUCAACGAACCUACUGCUGCUGCGCUUUCCUAUGGAAUGAACAACAAGGAAGGUCUUAUAGCUGUUUUUGAUCUUGGAGGUGGAACAUUUGAUGUUUCCAUCUUGGAGAUCUCUGGGGGUGUUUUUGAGGUGAAAUCAACCAAUGGUGACACAUUCUUGGGAGGGGAGGACUUUGACAAUGCUCUGUUGGACUUUCUGGUGAGCGAAUUCAAGAGGACUGAGGGAAUUGAUCUAUCAAAAGACAGGCUUGCCUUGCAGAGACUUAGGGAGGCAUCUGAGAAGGCCAAAAUUGAGCUCUCAUCUACUGCCCAAACUGAGAUCAACUUGCCAUUUAUAACUGCUGAUGCAUCAGGUGCUAAACAUCUUAACAUCACACUAACCAGAUCAAAGUUUGAGUCUUUGGUGAAUCACUUAAUUGAGAGAACUAGGACACCAUGCAAGAAUUGUUUGAAGGAUGCCAACAUAUCUAUCAAGGAUGUGGAUGAGGUCCUUCUUGUUGGAGGAAUGACUCGUGUUCCAAAAGUGCAAGAGGUAGUCUCGGAGAUUUUCGGAAAGAGCCCAAGCAAAGGAGUCAAUCCUGAUGAGGCAGUUGCUAUGGGAGCUGCUAUCCAGGGUGGUAUUCUUCGUGGAGAUGUCAAGGAGUUGCUUCUUCUGGAUGUCACUCCAUUGUCACUUGGAAUUGAGACAUUGGGUGGCAUAUUCACCAGGUUGAUCAAUCGUAACACGACAAUCCCAACUAAAAAGAGCCAGGUCUUUUCUACUGCAGCUGACAACCAAACUCAGGUUGGCAUCAAAGUACUCCAAGGUGAACGUGAAAUGGCUUCUGACAACAAGCUUCUAGGAGAGUUUGAGCUUAUAGGCAUUCCUCCAGCUCCUAGAGGCAUGCCUCAGAUUGAAGUUACAUUCGACAUUGAUGCCAAUGGUAUUGUCACCGUUUCUGCCAAGGACAAGGCCACUUCAAAGGAGCAACAGAUUACCAUCCGCUCAUCUGGAGGUCUUUCAGAAGAUGAAAUUGAGAAGAUGGUCAAGGAAGCUGAAAUGCAUGCCCAGAAAGAUAAAGAGAGGAAGACUCUUAUUGAUGUUAGAAACAAUGCAGAUACCACCAUCUACAGCAUUGAGAAGAGCUUGGGUGAGUACCGUGACAAGAUUCCAAGUGAAGUUGCCAAAGAAAUUGAGGAUGCAGUUGCAGAUUUGAGGAAGGCAAUGGAGGGCGAUAACAUUGAAGAAAUCAAGUCAAAGCUUGAUGCUGCAAACAAAGCUGUAUCCAAGAUUGGGCAGCAUAUGGCAGGCGGUUCUGGGGGUAACUCUUCUGGAUCAGGAGGUUCACAGGGUGGUGAACAGACACCAGAAGCCGACUAUGAAGAGGUGAAGAAGUGAGCCAUCUGGAAGUAAUUCAUCGUUGGUCUUGUUUUUCUGUUGGCGGAGUUAGUAUUAAAGAUUAAAACAUGAAAUUUUUAUUUUUCAAGUAGAAACGGUGGUUUUUUUGUAUCUAAAAUGUUGGGAGUUUCAAAUUGUUGGGGAAUGGUUAAUCCAUUCGGGACUAGCACAUGCUUUUUUUAUUAAUUUCUCACAUAUAAUAUUAGAUCAAAUUUUGCUGUU